GCACGGUCGUUGCCGCUUACAUAGAUUUAUAUACAAUGUAUACAUUUAUAUACAAUAUAUAAUAUAUUGUCCUUCGGGACAUCCGUUAAAAUUGGAACGAUACAGAGAAGAUUAGCAUGGCCCCUGCGCAAGGAUGACACGCAUAAAUCGAGAAAUGGGACAAUAUACAUUCUUGUCUGUCGCCGCCACGUGGUCACGACCGUCGAUCAUAUCUCUAUCGCUGACAACCGCGUCCGUCCGUCAACCUGAGUCCGAACGAGAUCCAGAGUGUGACAAAGUGUGAGAGGAGAGGAAAGAACAAAUCAAGCUAUACCCUUUUAGCAGCUAAGCAAGCGGGCAUGGGUUCAAGUACCGGCGGCAGGAUUGGGGUUCGACUCCAUCAGGCAUUGUGUGUUGGACUUCGUGAUGUCGCACGGAACGGGCGACAGUGGCAGAUGUUCGACUGCUUGGAUGACAAAAUUGUGACUGGCCUGAAGAUCACGGGAGCUACAUGUAAUGGGGAAGCAUUGAGGAAGUUGGGCCUGGAUCAGUCUGGUCUGGCUCCCGUUCCCGAUCCUGAUUGUCAUCUCAAUCCCGAUCUCCAUCUUGGUGAAGAUAGGCUUCCAGCCAUUCGAUUCUCAGGUAAUGGAUCCAUGGUGACGUCUUAUCAUACUAUUCACUCGACUUCAGUCGGUCUUCAUUCUUCUUCCUCUUCUUCUUCUUCUUCUUCUUCUUCUUCUUCUUCUUCGCCCACUCCUGGUUCUUCUUCUCCUCUUCGUUGUUCUCAAUCCACUCCCCUUCAUUCUUCUUCUCCUCUUCAUUCAUCUCCAUCUCCUCCUCCUCAUUUGUCUUCUUCUCCUUUGCGGCUGCCAUAUCAGGGUGGCAAACAGAUGAGCUAUGAAGGUCUACGUCUAUUGCCAAACGUGUCAAUGCCAGCAACAGCAGCAAAGCGUUGUUUUGUCUCGUCUCCAUCAUUCUUGAGGAGCAAUAGCAAGCAGGCAGUAGAGGAGCAGGUAUCCUCUCCUCCUCCUCCUCCUCCUCCUCCUCCUCCUCCUCCUCCUUCAUCAUCUCCAUUAUCUCCAUCAUCUCCUUAUCCUGCUCCUCUCUCUCCACCUCUUCAUCAAGGACGGGUAGGGCCUAGCGAGGAUCAGGUUCGUGCAGCAUUUGCAUACUGUGCUGAACAAGUUCGGAAGUUCGAUUAUGAGAAUUACCUGUGCGCUCUGCAUCUUCCUCCUCCUGUGAGAGCAGUUGUUUUUGCCCUGCGCGCUGUUAAUGUUGAGAUUGCCACUGCUGCAGAUGCCUCGACAGCCGUUGGGUCUCAUCGAUCCUUAGGUGCUGGGGAUGCUGCUCAUCAUGCGCUCGCCAGUAUGCGUUUGUUAUGGUGGAAGGAAAACCUCAGAAAUGUGCUGAGUGGUAAGAGAGUAGAACAUCCGGUCAUGGUUGCGCUGGCGGCCGUGCUUGGCGAAACCAAGUUGUCCAGACACUGGUUCACCAGGAUAUGCGAGGCGCGUAUUAAGGAUCUGGAGGCCGAUGGCCCACCGAGAAACAUCGCUCAGUUGGAGGAAUACGCAGAGUCAACAGCGUCCGCACUGCUGUAUCUCAGUCUUCAGGCGGCUGGGGUUCAGGCUGCAGUUGCUGACCAUGUGGCCAGUCACAUCGGCAAGGCAAUGUGUCUGACGCUGCUUUUGCGCAGCACGCCUUACCAUAGCCAAAGGCGGAGGACGUACAUUCCCGUCGACGUGGCUGCUAAGCAUGGAAUCUCCCAAGAGGAGAUCUACAGAGGUCAGGCAUCUGGCGGCAUGGCCGAUGCGGUCUUGGAAGUGGCGUCGUCUGCCAAACUGCACCUUGACAAAGCCAGGUCCCUGCGCUCCACUCUCCCCCAAGCUGCCCUCCCUCUCAUGCUGCCUGCCGUGCCCAUUGGUUUGUUCCUAUCUUCUUUGGAGAAACAAGGUUUCAAUAUCUUCGAGAGUUCGCUCAGCCGGGGCAUCUGUGGUGGUGUAACACCUCUGCGGCUCCAGAUUCAACUGAUGUGGAAUGCGUACAGAGGGACGUACUGAUGGGCCAACCCCAUCACCCACCAAUUGAUAGGUCGAUCGAUGGGAAGGAGUCCUUUUCUUUGACGUCGUUAGAAAAUGGUCGAGGAAGGCCGGAGGAGAGGGGGGGGAAGUGUGGAGUCCCAUUAACAUUCUUUUUGCACAUUCAAACAUGGUUUAAGAUCCCGAAUGAUCUGCUGUUGAGCCAUUUCCAACGUGUGCUUUCCAUUCAUCAUAGCCAGCGUUAUAGCAAGUGUUAGUUAAUUGAUUGAUUGAUCAAUUAGUUGAACGGUUUACUGAUUGAUUGGUUGAUUGUGUGUGUGUGUGUGUGUGUGUGUGUGUGUGUUGGCGCACACACAUGGAAGCAUGCACAUUAUGA